AUGCAAACCAACAACAUCAUCGCUUACCUGUCCCUGCUGGGCACCGCCUCGGCGGUAACCAUGAGCCGAUACGCCCCCUCGACCCAGGUCGAGGCUGCCUUUGGCCCAUACCUGGAACAGCUCUAUGCCUCCACCGAGAUCUCCACCUCCAACGACGGCUUCGUCAACUUCUUCACGCCGUCGGGCCAGCUCAUCGUGCGCGGCAACGUCGCGACGGGCGCCCAGGCCAUCGCCAAGCUCAAGGAGCAGCUCCUGCCGCCCGGCGGCACCAAGCACUGGAACCACGUGCCCAACGCCACGACCAUCUACUCGGACACGGCGGACCGCAAGACGUACCAGGUCCUCGGGGCCAUCGAGACGCGCUACGACGGCGGGAACUGCUCGCAGGCCUAUUACUCUACCCGCUUCACAGUCACCAAGGAUGCUGGUGGCAACGCCCAGCUGACCCCCCAUGCGGGCAACCUGGUGGCCUACGACGACUUCAUCGUCGAGCCUUCCAAAACACCCACCGACAUCCCUUGCGGGACGCAGUAG